AUGGGACCUGCUCCGCCUCUCCUCGUCCCUUGCCUGCUACUUGCCGUCGUCCUCCUUGACGGGAACCCUAGGCCGGGCGUCAGGGCCGGUGCCUUGGCGUCGUCGCCAUCGCUAGAGGAGGAAUCGCAGGAGAGAGGGGAAGGGCCACUGUCGAUCCUGAGGUACGAUUACUCCCCGCCGUCCCCCCCGCCGCCGGACCCUCCUAGCCCGCCAUCGUCCUCCUGUGAGGAGGACUUGCAUGGCGUUGGCUCCUUUGACACCCUCUGUCAGCUUAAUGGCGAUCUGGUGCUCUCCGACGACCUGUAUAUAGAAGGGAAGGGCAGUUUUGUGAUCUUUCCCAGCGUCGUCCUGAGGUGCCCCCUACCUGGUUGCUCCAUAGUGAUAAAUCUUUCUGGCGAGUUCAGGCUCGGGAACCAGUCUGUGCUGGAGGCAGGUAGGCUCGACGUGCAGGCCACCAAUGUAAGCCUCGGCGACGGCUCCGUUGUGAAUACCACAGGAUUGGCGGGAGAACCCCCACCACAGACGAGUGGAACGCCCAGUGGGAUUCACGGAGACGGUGGUGGCCAUGGCGGCAGGGGUGCUAGCUGCUAUAGGCGGGAGGGGCAGACUCCUGAUGAUUCAUGGGGAGGCGACGCUUACUCAUGGUCGUCUUUGAUGAUGCCUGAGAGCUACGGUAGCAGAGGUGGGACGACGAGCAGGGAAAAAGAUUAUGGGGGUGGAGGUGGGGGGCGUAUCAGGUUCAACAUCACAGAUUCACUUGAGAUAAAUGGGCUUGUCAUUGCUGACGGCGGGGAGGGUGGUCCCAAGGGUGGUGGAGGCUCAGGUGGCAGCAUUUAUCUAAUGGCUAGCAAAAUGUGAGAUGCUUUUUCCCUUCUUUCAGUAUGCAUUAGUUCAUAUCCCUGAUUAGGAAGCUUAGUCAGAUUGCUGUAACCACUUUUAUGCCCUGUGGUGUUAUUAGAAUUCCUGUAGCUACAUUCGAGUGUCAUUGCACAGUUAUUGAAUGCGUAAUCAUUUUCCAUCGUCUACAAAGGUGCAUUCGUGUUUCCUUGUAGGUUUUUAUGUUAAUGCUUAUAGCUUUCUGACUUCAACGCCAUUUCGUUCGUCACCCAGAAACCAUAAAUAUUUUGUCUGUUGGUGAAGUGAGUGGGGGAUUUUUUGGACACAUAAUAGGAGCUAUUAUGUUCGACAACUUUGAAGAUUCGAAUGGCAAGAUAUCCGCGAAAAUUUAAAGUAGAGCCUCUAAUGCGCAUGAAUAUUGUUUAGGUUUUUUCAAGUUAAUAAAAGUAACUAUCAUCAAUCUGUUCCGUAGGGUUUUUUGAGAACUUAGUAUUCUGUAGAGAAUUAAACAAAACUGUGCUGGGUAGUAAUUAGAUAUGCCCAUUGUGUGAUGUAUGACGUAAGUACUACAUUCAUAAAAGUCCUGCUGGUUAACUUAGAUGCCGAUUAGAAUUCCGAAAUUGUGGUUCCUAAUUUGAUGAGAUAGAAACUUAUCCUUCUUCCAUCACUUUCAUCUUGAAAGUGGAUGGAACAGUCCAAUAUUUGAACAUGUAUUUUUUCAUUACAGGCAUAGUCUUGACCAAACCAUUUUAGUAGAAAAGCCUUUUAAAUUUCAUGUUGGUAAUUUGGCGUAAUAUAGAUGAGAACAUUGUGAAAUGGUCUCUAGGCAGGAAUUGAUAGUAAACAAGUUUCUGAUUACUAGACAUGUGUAUAGGCUGGGGGUUGGGGGUGGUAAUCAUUAUGAUCAAUACAGGUAACUUUGCCAUAAAACUCUCCACAGGAGUUAUCCAGCCUUUUACUACGAAAGGUUCACUUAACUUUUCUGUCUAAAGUUACAGUAAGAUUUCUGCGGGCUCAGUAUUCUCAGGUGUGCAAGAGGGCUCAGGGCUUGUGUGAAUGAUCUCUUUUGCUUCCCUUUCGUGGUGACUGGCCAUGCCCUUAGACGAAAAUACUUGUGAAAUAGAUUAUAGGUGAAGCGACGCAUGUAUACCAAUUUUUCUAUGAGACAACAUGUGAUGUCACUUAACUGUGGUGCUUCUGCCAUAUGGAUGAUUCAUUUUUCUUUUUUAAUAGAUUCAAUAAAAAGAAAAGAAUCUAUUUGCCCAGUUGACGAGUGUAUGUGUCUGCUAGGAUAAUGUGGUUGUUUUCUUAGGUUUGCAAAUUGAAUGAUUUCCAUGAUGAGAUAAAGUAUGUGUUUUUAAUCCUUAGCAACUUGAAAGCGUAUUGAAAACCCUGAUUGCAAGCCCUUGUUACGAUGUUUGAUUAUAAAGGUUAAGCAUCCUUAAUACCUCACAAAAACUCUGGAUCCUUUUCUGAGCACUCUAUCAUCUCUCUCUCGCACCAUCUACACAUAUUACAUAACCCCCUUUCUCUUAAUCCCAAUGUCCCAUGGUAUGAAGGAUUAUAUUCAACACAACAUUUUUCUUAGCUGGGGGUAUCAACAAGGUGGAGGAUAGGAGAGGACCCGGUAUCCCUUCAUCGCAUUUUUGCAUCCACAGUUAUUAAGCUGUCCCAUCGGUUAAUGUAUGAAAGUAAUCUUCUUGACUGUUUAACUACCUUUUAUCCCUAGGUAUCUAUGGUAAUAGCCCUUGUAUGUAUGUAUUUCCCCACCGAAAUCAGUGUCCUUCAUUCGAAAGGAUUUUGUUUUUCGUGUUUGACUGAGAAAACUAUUCUUCUAAUUUCCAUUGCUGUCAUCUUUGUCCUUGGAAUUGAUAUCUCAUAACGAAUCCAUCAUUGAAGGAAUUUUUGAAAUUUUUAUUUCCAUUUCAAUUACUAACACUGUUCAUCACUUCUCUAAAUUUUCAGUUGGUGUGCUUUUUGGAAGUUGAGAUAGAAUACCAAUCUUUGAAUAACAUUUGAAAACAUGUUGAAGCCCUGGUGUUAUUCAUUAAACAUAUUAUUGCUCAUUCCCCACAAAGUAGUAAUUUUUUAGUCGUUUAAUUAUCCUUCAGUAUUGUCUCCAGUCAUGUAGUUUCUUUCAGCUACAUACUAGCUUGCCUGCUUUGAAACCUUCGUCUGAAAAAUAUACUUUUGGCUUCUUCUUUUUUAAUACUUUUAGCUUACCAGCUUUAUACUAACUUCUCGAAUGCAUAAAAUCUACAUGAUUUUUAGCAAUGAUGGUCUUGCGUUUUUCUAAUUUUCCAACUUUUCUCCCAUGGAAAGGAAUGGAAGUGGCAAGGUCAGUGCUUCUGGAGGUACUGGAUAUGGUGGAGGUGGUGGAGGAAGAGUUUCUAUUCAUGCAUACAGCAGACACGAUGAUCCUAAGAUCUACGUUCAUGGUGAAUUGAUAAUCCUCUGAAGUGGUUUUUAAGUUGUGCGCAUGAUCAAUGUAUUAUUGAUUAUUCUUUCAAAAUCAUUUUUUUUCCUAUUAGUUACAUAAUUUGCAAUUCUUUCAAUUAGUUGUUCUAGCAUUACGUUCCCUGUGCUAGCAAAGUAAUACAUGGGUUUUUUCGACGCUCCCCUUUAACGUGACAAACACUUAAAUGAUUUUGAGCAGAAAGUUCGAUUAAUUCAGAAAGUUAAAUAACCUCAUAAGAAUGCCAAGAUGGGCCAUAUGUCCAGUCUUAUGAUCAAUUGAGAGAACUGACGACCAGAGAUAGACUGAGAUGUAUGGGAUUUAUACGAUUUCCCAAAUUUAGCAGUAUGGACAAUGACAUGGGUUCCAUAUUUGAUUUUCUGUAUUAUUUUCGUAUUUAGUGGAAUGCCAGUGAGCAUCGACCAGAAAUGGCUGAUACGCUAUAUUGAUUGUUGAAACCUAUAUGUUAUCUAAAUUAUACUGUUUAUUCAGAUUUGUUGCAAUAUUCUUAUAAAGGAAAUUGAACCAUUUGCCCCAUGAUUACCCUUAUCCUUCCAGUAUCCCAUGGUCUGAUUUUUGUUUCUGAGGAUUAAUCUCUUCAUCUUUUAGGGGGGAGAAGUGUUGGUUGUGAAGAUAACAAUGGAGCUGCGGGGACAUUUUAUGAUGCUGUCCCGCGUAGCCUUAUUGUGGACAAUUACAAUUUCUCAACACAAACAGAUACACUUUUACUGGAAUUUCCCUUCCAACCUCUUUGGACAAAUGUUCUUGUGAGAAAUUCUGCAAAAGUAGUUGUGCCGCUAUUAUGGAGUCGUGUGCAGGUCUGCUACUACCUUCUCUCUUGUAAACAUCGUUUGUGUUUGUAACCUUUACUAUCCAAUGCUUGUCUGUUGACUUUCUACCAUGAUGUGCAACUGUUGAAAAGACUUUGGUGACCAUAGAGAGAUAACUGUUGAGUUAAAUAGCAUUGUUGAAUAACUCAAAGAUAGAGGCCCUUUCAUCUCAUAAUGUAAUAUGUUGAAAGUCAAAUUUUUUCGUUGCUAUUGUGGGGUUGAUUGUGUGUGGACCCGCUCUGUUGAACUUCUGGAAGAUUCUGUCGGUCAUGUGCAAGUUAUUGUUGUGCUUGCUUCUUUAUGUUGCGCUGGGGUCUUAUCAAUGAUGUGUAUUAAUCUGAAACUGCCUUGCCAAUUUUUUAUUUUCUUUUGGUGCAUUUUACUCUUAAAAUUAUCCAAUUAUCCAACGUCGUGUUUGGCUAUGGAUCACCUAGGUGUCCUUGUGGUCCAGAUCCCCUAGCCAUCUGACCUUCCUUGGGUAGCAGGGUAAUAUAGUGCUUGCGUAAGUGAUAAGGGGCCUGGCUUUUGCGGAUUAGGUGCAGAACGUUAACAGUCAGUUGCACAUGACCCCAAACAUGAUGUACGUUCUAGUUGCAUUAGACCGCUCGUGAGGGAUGGAACAUGAAUAUCUGCUUGCUGGGGAUCGCUUCUUUUUCGCUUGACUCUGUUUCCCACAUUUGAUGUGAAUCGCUUCCCACAUUUAAGUUCUUUUUUGCCUACUUUUAUAUUCUCUUAAGGAGAUUCAGUUGCAUAAUGAUCCUUUGAUGAAGAUGUGCUCUUGAAUUAUGAUUUACAUUUCAAAUGAUUUUCUUAUUUACAUUUCCAAAUGUAAAUAACAUCUGUGAAAAUUAUUUCUCUUAUUCAUGGAGCUUAAUGGAACUAAUUUUUUUUGAUUUUGACAUUUCGUGGACAAACAUAAAUACUCAAUCUUGUAUUUCCAAAAAUAAAUAUAUAUACAUUUAAAAAUUGCAACUGUCUAAAAUGAUCAAGACUUGGGCCUUGACGUUGUGACUUUUAAGCUUUCUUAUAUUUAUGCUCGUUAUUUAUUUUCCACCUUUUGUUCACCGUUAGAUUUCUGUCUCAAACAAUAUUAAAUGAUUUUGGUGUCUAUGACAUGCUUAUAGCUAUGAUAUGAUAAACCUCUGGGUUUUAAGUUUUAUUUUAAAGAUUCAGAUGAACCUCCCAGGAUGAAUUUUAGGGCUUACUGAUAGUCCACUUGGUUAGCCGUCCUGUGAAGACCUCUUUUGUUUAAUCUGUAAAUAUGAAUAUUAGAAAAUUUCUACUUUGCCAUAAUUGUGUCAAUUGUCUUUUGUGUUUUACGAUCACGUGGUGCAUGUUGCUAAGCUUCGUUUUUAUCAACUAUUUACAUUUUACAGGUUCAAGGGCAACUUAGUCUUUUGCAGGGCAGCAUUCUAAGCUUUGGCCUUGUACGCUACCCUUAUUCCGAAUUUGAACUUAUGGCUGAAGAGCUUCUCAUGAGUGACUCAAUAAUCAGGGUAAUGGUUUUUAUGGCUAUCUUUAUAUUGUUAAACUUAGUUCUCCUCACAUUGAGGUAACCGGAAGGAAAUGCCAUGAAACUUAGCAAAAUCCAAAUUAAGAAGUCUGUACCUCUAUCAUAUGCUUAUAGAGCCAUACAUCUCACUCUCAUGCUUAUGUAAUGCAUUGGGCUGAUGCUUAUUUAUAUGCUUCGUUGAUUGCAUUUAAAGUUCUUGAAUAAUUUAGUUUUAUAUUACUAUUGGCAUUUUAUUUUCAUUGCUUUUUUGUGGUUUCAUAUAUUUUAUAUCUAGAUGCCUUCUUCUCUGAUAUAAUUCUUUAGCCAAGGUAUUUAGUUUGAACCUGACUGCACACAAAUUGUAUUUUUGUGCACACAAAUGUUGUCAAGGAUGCAUGGUUUAUAUUGUCCGAAUUCUAUGUUAUGUACUUUUAAUAGUCGUGAACAAUAUUAGCAAAGGAAGGCAUGUGACGUGAACCUUGAAGCUUAACCCUCACUUGCCUUAAUAAUUUAAUCUUCCAUCCUUGUGAUUUCGCAUUUUAAAACAAUAUCAUCCAAGAAUAUGAUAGAAUUUUAUAGAUGACAUCUGCCAGUAGCUGAUGAAGAUCAUUGCUAGUCUUCCGAGUGACUGAAAGUAAAUUUUUGGUUCUUUGCAAUAGGCAUGUGCCAGAAGAUAUUUUUUCACUUAGUGAUGGGCCAACUUGCUGGGUAAUGGAUGUUUUAUUCUAGUUUAAGAUAACUGCUUUGCGGUAGUUUUCAGACCAUGAGUCCUGGCAGGCAAUACUUGUUGAUAUUGAAAUUCUCAGGUAGUUAGUGCUGAAAUUCUUGGCUAGACAAACAUCCUUUCACGAACUGUGGAACCCAGGUUUCUAAUUUUCAUUGUCUCUGGGAUCGUCGGUUGGUGGUUCUAAAAAAUGCUGUAUCAAUUCAUUUAUUGUCUGUUCACCUUGAAUUUUCUGUUGCACAGCGCAAUAUUUUUUGUAUGCUCUCUUUCAAGUAUCUUCUUGAAGUUUUUGCAAUUUUCUCAUCAAUUUAGCGGCAUGCUUGUUUUCAGUAUAUUAGUUUAUGAUAUAUCAGGUUUGAUUUUCUUCUUUAAUAAAAGAAGCGUCAGUUGCUCUUAAGCUAAUAUUUCUAGUUUUUUUCCCACAAACGUUAAUUACCAAUAUUGUGUUUGACAAACCUCUCCUCAUCUUUGUGUUUUAACUCAAAUAUAGGUAAAUGGGGCAUUACGGAUGUCUGUAAAGAUGCUUUUAAUGUGGAAUUCCAAAAUGCUCAUAAAUGGUGGAGGGGAUGCAAUAGUCGCCACAUCAUUGCUUGAGGCCAGCAAUUUGAUUGUUCUGAAGGUAUCAUCCUAUCUUUUGCCAAGUUAAAACUCUAAAUCGUGCAAACAUUAAUUUCUGUUUUACCUUUAUACAUAUCAAUCAGGAAUCUUCAAUGAUACAUUCCAACUCCUAUUUGGGAAUCCAUGGACAAGGACUUCUUAAUUUGUCUGGUCUUGGAGACGUGAUUGAAGCCCAACGUUUGAUUCUUUCUCUUUUUUACAGCAUCCAGGUAAUCAUGGCUCAUUGGUGUUCCACUGAUACUUAAUGAAAGACUAAUUUGGUUUUUUUUCGAAAAUGAUGGCCUAAGGAUAUCGGAGCUGUCCUUUAUUAGCGUAUAUUUAUCUGAGACUCUUUUUGCAGCUUGGUCCGGGAUCCAUUCUGCGUGGUCCCUUGGAGAAUGCAACAAGUCAUGAAAUGUAAGUUGAGAGAUAAGUUUUUUGGUAAGGGCUUAAUCUUCUUUCUGCCGUAGUGGGAGGUUUGGCUAUUUAUUACGUUUAAUCUUUAGGGCACCUAGAUUGAAAUGUGAAGUUGAAGACUGCCCAAUUGAACUUCUCAGUCCACCAGAGGACUGCAAUGUGAACGCUUCACUUUCUUUCACUCUUCAGGUACUGCAUCUUUGUUGACUGUGUUUAUUUUGAGAUCUUUUUUCUUUUCUUUUUAAAGUGAUAAUCUCCUUUUCUUAGUGUUUGUCCAUUUAUAUCUGUUAUUUUUUUCUUUCUGAAGUCAAAUUAGUAUCUGUUAUACCUGUUCCAGAUCUGCCGAGUUGAGGAUAUUACGAUCGCUGGUCUUUUACAAGGAAACGUCAUUCAUUUCCAUAGAGCCAGAUCUGUUGUUGUGCAACCAUCUGGCACAAUUAGCGCCUCUGGUCUGGGUAUGAUUCUUUCACCUUCAUAUUUGUCUGUUCCAAUUCUGUUUUCCGACAAUUUCUUGGGCAGCAUAGGGUAAAUUGAUCAUUCACGCUUAGCCGUACACAGGUUGCCGAGGUGGUGUGGGGAGAGGAAAAGUUUUGAGCAAUGGUCUUGGUGGAGGUGGGGGCCAUGGUGGAAAAGGGGGAGAUGGUUUCUUUAAUGGCAGUUAUGUUGAAGGCGGCAUAAAGUAUGGAACUGCUUAUUUGCCUUGUGAGCUUGGAAGUGGUAGUGGAGACGAGAGUCUUGGUGCAUCAACUGCUGGUGGGGGUAUCAUAGGUAUGAUCAAUAUGGAGAGGAGCCUGUUCACCACAUACUUCUGUGAUUACUUGUUUUCAUUAUACUUAAAAUAUGCAUUGAUGUGAAAAUGGAAGUCAGCUGUUUGCAAAACAGAAUCUAAUUAAGUCGCCUUUUCAAGCUCCUUGGAGAGUGAUCAUGAGACAAUGUAUCUAUAUUUUGUGUAUAUGGAAUCUUAAGAUCUGAAAGCAUGUAUUUGUUGAUAAUUUUAUAUUUUCAUACCCUUUACGUCUGAUUGAAAUGCAACUGACGUUGUUUGCGUUUAUUUGCAGUGAUGGGUUCAUUGGAGCAUUCUUUAUCAAGCUUGACUGUUUAUGGUUCUAUCAAGGCUGAUGGAGAAAGUCUAGGGACAGGUUUUGGUAAAGAGUUUUAUGGAUUACUCGGCAACCCUGGUGGGGGGAUUGGUGGUGGAUCUGGGGGGACAAUUCUUUUGUUUCUUCACGUCUUCAUGCUUUCCAAUGCUUCUACCCUUUCAAGUGUUGGGGGAUAUGGCAGUCACAGUGGUGGCGGCGGUGGUGGAGGUGGAAGGAUUCACUUUCAUUGGUCUGAUAUUGCCACAGGGGAUGAGUAUCUUCCAAUUGCAACAGUGAAUGGAGACAUAAAUACAAGGUUUUUAUGUAUUUUUGUUUUUCCUUUCACUUUUUCUAAAAUAAUUGUGAUAUGUUUUUUGUGGUAGCUGUUCUUGCUGGUUCUGAUCAUAAAACCAUAUUGAUGGUUGAUGCUCUGAUUUCAAAAUAUGUGUAGUUGAUAUGCUGUUGCUUACCUGAAUGUAUUUCUUUGUCCUUAGAUUUGCACAUUGAUCUCUCUUCUACGUUGCGUUUUUGCAUAAACUAUUUCAUGCCUAGGUGGAGGGAGGAAAAGAAUUUCUUAUUUUCCCCACUGUCACUCUGUUGUUGGGAGGGUUCUUUUAUCCUCCACAUCUAUCUUGUCUGAACUUAGAGAUACAGGGGAAGCCAAGGCAUUCACUCUGUGGUUAAAGUGGCAGGAAUUAUUGAACUUUUCCAGAUAAGGGUUGGAGAUAGUUACAUAUUUUCUUAAUGAUUAUUACCCCUGAAAGCAGGUGAUUUGAAUCUUGAGCCUCAUUCCUGACCUACCCGGGUCCUUGGGUGAUGUGAAGUUGCUUGUCAUGUUCGGCAUAUAGGUUCCACAUUUAAAGUUUAGGCAUUAGGUAAGCUGCACUCAGCAUGAUUGGUCAUCAUCAUGUAAGACAUUUUCGUUCCCAACGAGUAUUUAGAAGCUUUACCCUGUUUAAAGUAGAAUAGGCUCUAGUUUUGAGUCAAAGGGUCAUUUCCUAUGAAUCUAAAAGGGGUACGUUCACUUUUACUUCAGUGUGGAUAGAUGACUACCAUGACUUUCUUGAUUCAAUUCUGAAAUCGGUAGUCUGUUCUCCUCUUAGCAAGGACAAACUGAUGCCGAAUCUAUCAGGGAGGGUAAAAUUCGAACGAAACCCCAAGUUUAGCCAUUGCCUCAUCCGGUUCCAAUUUGGAUUGGAUUGGUUGCCAUUCUAGGGAAAACAAUUUGAUGACUCCCUUAUUUCUGGUGUUGUUAACAUAUUUGCUUGCUGUAGAAAAUUCAAUAGCUAAAAAUUUCGUACCAUUCUCAAUUUAAAUUACUGGACAUAGGAUAACGAAUAUCUGGUGUCUUCCAGAUAAAGUCUGGAACCGUUUAAAGUAUUUGAUCACGGUUUGCCCCAAGGGAAAGUUGCUUUAUGUUGCCAUACGCAAUCAGAAUGCUUGCACAGUUUAUUCUAUUGUGAAUACGUUUAACCCACAAGAGAAACGUACAUUAUGAAGUUUUCCUGUUUAUUGGACUCUAUACUGCACUUUGUUUUUGUAGCGUCCAUACGCUCUUUGUAUUGUAAUAUUUAUCUUUUUUCCUGUUUGAUGCCAGUGGUGGAUUGGGUCAAGGUCGGGGAUCUGCUGGAGAAAAUGGAACUGUUACAGGCAAAGAUUGUCCUAAGGGCCUCUAUGGUAUCUUCUGCGAGGUGAAUUUGUAAUGCUUAUUUGAAAUAGUUCUCCAUUUCUUUUCAAUUUAGAGUUCAGUGACAAUUAUUCGACUUCAUAAGCUUGCAUACAACAUUGAUGGAACGUAAUGGCAUGAUGAAGCUUGAUGUAUCCGAUCUUGAGGGGACUACGGGGAAUUAAAAUAAUAAUUAGAACAUUUUCUUGUAUUCCAUUUAAUAAGCAUCUCAUGGCAGAGUUUGACAGCACAUAUUUCUUCGAGUUUCAUUUGCUACAUAAUGUAAUGAAGUCUACUAAUUACUUCACAUGUUCCUUGGAUACUUCAUUAAACAUCACAUGGCAAACUUACAUCUUUUAUCCAUAUCAAGUAUUGUUCUGUAUCACUAACUUAUACAAAUAUCGUUUUGUGUUUAAUGUAGCAAUGUCCCCUGGGAACAUUCAAGAAUGUCACUGGGUCUGAUGCAGAUCUUUGUCGUCCAUGCCCUUCAUACGAGCUCCCUCGCCGUGCCACAUAUGUAAAUGUUCGAGGUAUUACUAGCUUCUGUCUCCUAAAAUAAUUGAUAUUGUUCAUCUUUUUGUAUCCAGUUAGUUACGCUGAUGAUAGUACGCUGUAGUCUCAAAUUUUCCUCUAAAGAGUAUAGGCUGAUGAUACGUUGUCCUUAUGGCUGUUGGAAACAGUUAAUUACCAUCUUUUCCCUUUCAUGAAGCAUUUUUUUUUCUAGAUUUGUUUUAGUCCUUGCACUCCUGAGUUUCAGUUUUUACUCUCUAUGCCCCUAUUCAAACAGUUCUAGCGGUACUAUGUGUUGUUUAAUUUGAGGAAAAUAUCAACACCCAGUAAAGUUGGUUCAUUGUAGUUAGUGUGAUGUGAUGCUCAUAUUCUUUGCGAGAGCAAUCAUCAAGGAAUGAAGGAAAAAUCUUGUCGACUGAGGUUCAGAUGAAUUUGAUCUCUAAUUACUUAUUUCCUCAGUCCACAUCUCUUUUGUGCAAGAUGCAUUCUAUUGUCUAGCUGUUUUUUAACGAAAGGGCGACCUUCUAAUGUUAUUUUUUGCAGUGAUUGACUCAUUUUUGUUGUCAUAUUGAGUUUCAAACUAGUGCUAAUAAUCAUCUUUUAAACAGGUGGUGUGGCUGUUACUCCUUGUCCAUACAAAUGUGUAUCCGAGAGGUAUCACAUGCCACACUGUUAUACUGCUCUCGAAGAGCUGAUAUACACAUUUGGUGGACCAUGGUUGUUUGGUCUUCUCCUCUGCGGUCUUCUUAUCCUAUUGGCAUUAGUACUUAGUGUUGCCAGGAUGAAAUUUGUCAACACUGAUGAGCUACCAGGACCUGCUCCUACUCAACAUGGUUCACAGAUUGAUCACUCCUUUCCUUUCCUGGAAUCCUUAAAUGAGGUUCAUUUAUAACCUCCUGUGUAUAUUUGUUUUUGACAUUUUGGUUAAUACAUCACCUUCAUCUGGUUAUUUUUUUCCAUUUGUUGCUGAUUUAAUUGACACAUGUACAGGUCUUGGAGACAAAUCGGGCUGAGGAAUCUCAGAGUCAUGUGCAUCGAAUGUAUUUCAUGGGUCCCAACACGUUCAGUGAACCUUGGCAUCUUACUCACUCUCCUCCAGAACAGCUUUCUGAGAUAGUGUAAGUGGUUGUAAUUUUUCUAGGGUGUCUCAUGUUUUUAAGAUGUCUCAAAUGUAACAUCAGUCUUGGAUGUAACUUGCAUAGUGUGUUUUUGUUUAGACUAACCUAUUGAAUUGUGCUUGCUUUCCUGUGUGGCAGAUAUGAGGAUGCUUUUAAUAGAUUUGUUGAUGAAAUCAAUGCCCUUGCUGCUUACCAAUGGUGGGAGGGUUCCAUCUACAGCAUUCUUUCUAUACUUGCAUAUCCGCUUGCAUGGUCAUGGCAGCAGUGGCGCAGAAGGAAGAAGUUGCAACAGCUGCGUGAAUUUGUUCGCUCAGAAUAUGAUCAUGCAUGCUUGCGAUCUUGCCGCUCACGGGCUCUCUAUGAAGGACUCAAGGUCCGCAUCCUCAUUUAUUCUCUGAAGUAUUUCACUUCUUUCUUUUCUACUUUUUUCUUAUUAAAAAGAUGGUCAUUUCGUGCUCGGAGCUUGCAUUAGCUUUGAAAUUUUGGAAGGGACUUAGUGAUCAAUUGGCUUCUUUGAUGUAACAGUGGAUUUAUUUCAUUGCAAUCGAUUCCCGGAUUCGGAUUCCCAGAUUGGUAUCUCACUGUGAUUCAACUCAUGCAGGUAGCUGCAACUCCGGAUCUAAUGUUGGCCUACGUAGAUUUCUUUCUUGGUGGAGAUGAAAAAAGGCCUGAUCUUCCUCCUCGUCUUCAGCAAAGAUUUCCAAUCUGUUUAGUGUUUGGGGGGGAUGGAAGUUACAUGGCUCCUUUUGCUCUUCACAGUGAUAAUGUUCUCACCAGCCUCAUGAGUCAGGUGUUAUUCAAGGCCGUAAAUUGCCAUCUUUAUUGUAUAACACACUAUUGGCUUUUUUUUUGUAAUAUCUUUAUGUUGAUGGCUUUCUUAACUCGUGAGUUCUCUUUAAUAUUGUAGGCUGUUCCACCCACCAUAUGGUAUCGAUUGGUAGCUGGUUUAAAUGCACAAUUGCGUUUGGUUCGCCAUGGGAACCUUAAGUUGACAUUCUUGCCUGUUAUCAGCUGGCUUGAAACCCAUGCCAAACCUGCCCUUAUUCUGCAUGGUGUACGCAUUAAUCUUGCGUGGUUCCAGUCAACUGCAUUUGGCUACUGCCAGUUUGGUCUCAUCGUCAAUGCCGCAGAUUCUGGAAAUUCAACAGUUGGUGGUAUUGCUGGGUCAAUGAAAAUCGACCUAGAACCACGGUAAAUUCUAUUUCCUUUAUAAUGAAUAUAAGAAUGGCUACCUGAAAUGUCGUUUACUGUAUAUUUGUUGUGUAUGCUGUGGAACUGGUCAAUUCCGUAGUUCUGUUCCUCAAGCCACCUGUUUGACGAGUAGAAAGUUUUCUGCUUUGCAGCAUGAACAACACCUGUAGAGAUGGUUCAUCUGGCAAUUUGCGGGAGAAUGAAACCCUUGUGACACGUAAAAGGAUUAGUGGAGUCCUAGAUACUCGUAGCUUGCGCAUGCUUGAGCACAGAAGAGAUAUUUUUUACCCUUUUUCUCUUAUGGUGCAUAAUACUAAGCCUAUUGGUCACCAGGUAAUUUUCACUGUGUACAUUCUCACUGGUUAUAUACCACCACCUUUAUGUUCAUCACCUUGAUGUGUAUUAUUCUGCCUUGUCUUUGCAGGAUGUAGUUGGAUUGAUCAUUUCGAUUUUGCUUUUGGGAGAUUUUAGCUUAGUUCUGCUUACUUUGCUCCAACUGUAUUCCAUUUCUCUGGGAGAUGUCUUCCUGGUUUUAUUUGUUCUUCCACUGGCUAUACUUUCGCCGUUUCCUGCUGGAAUCAAUGCUCUUUUUAGUCACGGCCCUAGGAGAUCUGCAGGCCUUGGACGCGUAUAUGCGUUGUGGAAUCUUACGUCCUUGAUUAAUGUAGUAAGUGGUCCAAAUCCUUAUUCAUUUUGCCCUUCUUUUUUUUUGUAUGUGUGUGUUUCACUAUACCUUUAAGGUCCGAUGUUUUUCUCUAUGUCUCGGUAUUGGCCCUUCUCCUUUCUGUGGGGUAGUGUCAAUAAACCGACUGAUGCUUUGGAUCUUCAAUGUUAGAUCCUUUUUGUGUAUAUUUUUUUAUUUUUGGAACGAUAUGAAUCAACUUCUCUAAUGUUAACUUUUUAUCUCUUAUUGGAAGUAUAUAGAUAGAAAGGCUAUGGAACUCAUUUCACUUUAUGCAACUCUGGAUUCGAAUUGUUUGAUUUCUGUGAUUUGGAUUGAAAAUGCUGGCGGUGAUACGAUCUGAUUUCUUCCGGAUCUGUUUUUUAGGGAACAAUUUUCCGCUCUGUCGUUGGAAUGUUUUCGUGGAUAAUAUAAUGUGUGAAUUCUUAGGAAAGAAGGAACAACUGGUCACAGGUCGGAAUGUUUUUCACAGGCUCGCUUGCUUUUCCAAUUGCGGGAUUACCCAGAUAUCGUUCAAAAAUCAUCUAACAAUAUUAUGACCAUUUGUUUUCUGCUCAUUGCUCAUCAUUUGGGAAACUUUUGGCCCGGAAUGAAUCAAAGCCAUAAGCUGAAAAUCAUUAGUGCAUGUUCAUCCUUGAACGCAAUUUCUGGGUGCUAUUCAAUGGUGCUCUUUUAGGCCGAUGUGACACAGUGCAUAGGCACAAAAAUUAUAUAGCUGUGACCCUUCCCUUUGCCUUCCAUCUCCACGACUUUCUACCCUUUUCCUCUCCUCUUUGCUUUGCCUGUGAUAGAACAUCUCUCAUUGCGAGAAAAAUCAUCAGGUUCAGCCUAUAUUGCAAACCUAUACCCACGAAUCUUUGUUCUUACUUGGAAGUGGCCAGUGUGGGGGAUGCCACCUCACUGCAUCCGAUCUUCUGUGAAGUGUGGGGUCAGAGAGGAGACAGAUUUCUUGGAGGCUUGUCAGAACAGCUGAAUCCAUGAAUAUGUCUACACAUGCAUCGGUCCCUUCUCUAGACAUCCGCCACUCUAUGGUUCAGUACAGAAUUCUCUUUUGCUGCAAUUUUGCUUAAUUUCCCCACUUUUACUUUGGCGCAAAUAAAUACAUCCGCUGUGAACCCACCAUCAAUCGCAGUAUUCAUUCCUUGUUGCUCAACUUGCCAUUUAUAGGAAUUUUUUUCAAGUCAUGGACAAAGAACUUACUCUUUUCCUUCCAUUAUUUCAGGUCGUAGCCUUCAUCUGUGGGUUUAUACACUACAGGCCAUUAAACCGGAAACAUCCAAACUUUCAGCCCUGGAACACGUGAGUAAACGCUUGAUACCUCCCUCCCCCAUCUUCGUCUUCCCUUCACCCCCGUUGACUUUCUUGUGUCCUUCAGUGAUGAGAGCGGAUGGUGGCUGUUCCCUGCCUCCCUGGUGCUCUGUAAAUGCACUCAGGCGUGGCUCAUCGACUGGCACGUGGCUAAUUUAGAGAUACAGGACCAUUCUCUGUACAGCAAGGACCCCAGCAUCUUCUGGCAAUCGUGA